UGCUUUUGCUGUCACAGCUGUUUCCUUCUGAUGUGAUUUACCAUCAAAUGCCCAGUUCUGAUGAUCUACCAAUAGAUGGCGACACACACCUGUCCUAACUUGGGCCAGUGAGAGGUGUACAUAUGGGGGAGGUGUAAUGAGGGAGAGAAAACCUGUUAAAAGUGUGCAUUUGAGCGUGAACAAGUCAGUCAGGCUGGCACAGCGGGAGAGGACGUAAAGACCUCGAAAACGAGACCGGCAUGUGGCUACAUGUCUAGAAGCCCUACACCUGUUUCUACAGGCUGUGACACUUCCUGGACUGAGUCCACACCUCUGUGACUGAAGCAAGCGUAAGUGGAGAAAGUGAAAGAGAGAGAGAGAGGGGGAAGCUUCUUGCCAAAUAAACAGCUUUGUUGUAGUACGUGAGUUGUAAAGGAGGAAGUCAGUUGACUGCUGCACGUGGACAAGGAAAGAAGGACCUUAACUGUCAGUGCUCUAGUAGCCAGAGUUUACCACCAACUUCCUGGUGCUGUGCUUGACUGAAACGUACUGGGCUCGCCCGACUCUGUGUGUUACGCAAACCAAGGACGUUUACUUGAGAGAACGUGUUUGUUUACUACAUCUCAGAUGGGAUUUUUAGAAAGCGGUUCUUGCUCGUUUUCUUUCACAUACUCAUUCUGUUGCUCGCCCAAUGUGUUUGUUUGCUAUGGAGACCUCAUCGGACAGAGUAUUUAAAGUUGUGAGAAGAGAAGCCAGGCAGGACAUCUGAGAUGGAGUCGUCGGAUUGGCAGACGGAUGGAGAGGUUGAGGAGCUCUCCGGAUCUUUGGAGACUCUGCUGGAUGACGAAGAUCCCGUAGAAGCAGAUUCCGAAUCAUCAUCCUGUUCAGACCACUCCACAUCAGCACCCGCUGUCCAAACACAUCCCAACAGCGCCAAGAGCUUCUCCGGACUCAAGAUCUUUGGUAGAAGGAAAGCCAUCGCCAAAACGGGCGUGCAACAAAACCCUGCCCAGUCUAGUAGCUCUUUACCUGCCAAAAGUGAACCCCAGAAAGAGAUCUGCAGCAGCGUCGACUGGACCGAAGAUGCCCAGUAUGGCCAACACGUGUGGUUUGAGACCAGUCCAGCUGGAGACUUCUGUUAUGUUGGGGAGACUUACUGCUUUGCAAAGUCGCUGCAAAAGUCUCUUCCUCGACACAAAUGUGCAGCUUGUAAAAUAGCAGUCCACACCGAUUGCAUGGAUCAACUGGAGAAGAUUAACUUUAGGUGUAAGCCAUCAUUUCGAGAUCCAGGGAUGAGAAACGUCAGAGAGGCACCAAACAUGAAGCAUCACUGGGUCCACAGAAGACGACAAGACGGAAAAUGUCGACACUGUGGAAAGGGUUUUCAUCAGAAAUUCUCUUUCCAAAAUAAAGAUAUUGUGGCCAUCAGCUGCUCGUGGUGCAAGCAGGCGUACCACAACAAGGUGAACUGCUUCUUGCUGUCGAAAAUCGAAGAGCCGUGUCCCCUCGGAGCUCACGCGGCCGUGAUCGUUCCUCCGACCUGGAUCGUCAGAGUCCGCAGACAUCAGGCAUCAUUAAAAAACAGUAAGAGAAAAAAGAAGACAUCUUUAAAAAGCAAGACCUGCAAAAAACCCACAGAGCAGGACGGCAAAUGGAAACACUUUGUCGUGAAGCCGAUCCCUUCCCAGCUCGCCAAACCUCUGCUGGUGUUCGUCAAUCCAAAAAGUGGAGGAAACCAGGGAACCAAAAUUAUGCGCUCUUUUAUGUGGUACCUGAACCCUCGGCAGGUGUUUGACCUCACUCAGGGCGGCCCCAAAGAUGGGUUAGAAAUGUACAGCAAAGUGCCCAAUCUGCGUAUCCUGGUUUGUGGAGGAGAUGGAACGGUCGGCUGGAUCCUUUCUGUACUGGAUGAGCUCCAGUUAAAACCUCAGCCUGCAGUGGCCGUGCUGCCUCUUGGGACGGGAAACGACCUGGCCCGAACUCUCAACUGGGGCGGGGCAUACACCGAUGAGCCGGUGUCCAAGAUCCUGUCCCAUGUGGAAGAGGGCAACAUCGUCCAAUUGGACCGAUGGAACCUGAGCGUGGAGCCAAACCCGGAGGCCACCGAUGAGGAGAAGGAUGAACAACAGACAGAUAAACUUCCCAUCGACGUCUUUAAUAAUUACUUCAGCCUUGGGUUCGAUGCACACGUGACCCUGGAGUUUCAUGAAUCGCGAGAGGCCAAACCAGAAAAGUUCAACAGUCGCCUUCGCAAUAAGAUGUUUUACGCUGGAACAGCGUUCUCAGACUUUCUAAUGAGGAGCUCCAAAGAUCUUUCCAAACACAUCCGCGUGGUGUGUGAUGGCGUUGACCUGACCAGUAAAGUGCAGGAUUUGAAACUACAGUGUCUUCUUUUCCUCAAUAUUCCCAGAUAUUGCGCCGGUACCAUGCCUUGGGGAAACCCGAGCGAACAUCAGGAUUUUGGACCUCAGAGACACGACGACGGACUUAUCGAGGUCAUCGGAUUCACAAUGACCUCUUUGGCCACCCUGCAGGUUGGAGGUCAUGGUGAGAGGCUUCAUCAGUGUCAGGAGGUGCUCUUGACCACCUUCAAGCCCAUUCCUGUACAGGUGGAUGGAGAGCCCUGUAAACUGGCUCCAUCCAUCAUACGCAUCACCCUCAGGAACCGGUCCAACAUGCUUCAAAAGACCAAGAGAAGAAUCUCUCUUCAACAGCUGAACGAUCAGCUGCCCAUCACGGAGAACCUUAAGAUCCAGGUGAAUCGGAUCAGCAUGUGUGAUUAUGAAGCUUUGCAUUACGAUAAGGAGAAGCUCAAGGAGGCCUCUAUUCCUAUGGGAGUAAUUACGGUUCCUGGGAGCAGCGAUCUGGAGACAUGUCGGCAACAUAUCGAAAAGUUACAGGAGGAGGGGCAUGGUGUUAAUACAGACACGCCACGAAUUCCAAAACUUUCACCAAAAUGGUGCUUCCUGGACUCGACAACUGCGGAUCGUUUCUACAGAAUAGACCGUGGUCAGGAGCAUCUAAACUACGUGACAGAAAUCUCCCAGGAUGAGCUUUAUAUCUUGGACCCGGAGCUGGUCACCAAGGAGACGGUGGGCACAUCGCCCGGAAUGCCGGGGGUGAUGGAAACUGGGGGGGAGUGUUUCGACGAUGCAGACCUUUUUGCUUUUCCGGCCUGUUCCUCGGAGCCUCCUCCACUGUGCAGGGUUCAUCAGCCUAACGCUGAAGGCCAGACCGAAUGCGAGUCGACCUGCAUGCUGUCAGAUAGCGACCCACACAUGCAGAGCGACACGGGGACUGACACGAAGCAAGGCCUGUGCAGGAGGGGAGCAAAAAUUAUUAAUGCCAAUCGCUUAAAAACACCAGAAGGGGAUUCAGUAGCUGUUCAAAGGAUAGAGGUUUGGAAUGACAAUAAUGAAGAAAUAAUAAAUUUGCUCUUUGAGGCUGUAAAGUCUGACAACUUUGCCAAGCUGGUCAAGAUUCACGAAGAAGGUGCCAAUCUUCUGGUUCAGGACCGGUUCGGCUGCACCCUUCUGCAUUAUGCAGUCGACAUCGGCAAUAAAGAGAUCGUGAAGUACAUCAUUGAGAACGCUCCUUCUUGUAUCCUGGAUGUGAUGGAAAAAGCAACAGGAAAAACUGCCCUGCACAAGGCAGCUGCGUUGUGCCAAAGGACCAUCUGCGGUUACCUGGUGGAUGCAGGUGCGUCCCUCAUGAAGACAGACCUACAGGGUGAAUCUCCAAAGGCGUACGCCGAGAAAGCUCAGGACUUUGUGCUGGCCGAGUAUUUGGAAAACCGGCAGCACUACCAGAUGAUUCAAAGAGAGGACCACGAGACCGCAGUGUGAACCACAUCUAAACCACAGAGGCUCGAGUCCGGUUCAUCCGGCCCGGGCACACGUUAGCCAUGUUAUGAUGCAGCAUGUUCGUUCGCUCAUUGUGUUGUAACGUGGAGAAGACAGUGUUUGUGUCAUGUUUCAGAAUGCAUGAGUUUGCUAUAAUAGUUAUCAAGGCUGCACAAAGCUGCAUCGCUUGGCUAGAAACAAUGUGCAGCGGUUUUGGGAAUUUCAGGGCUGAAUUAUUUUGAAUAAAAGUGGCUUUACUUAACUACUGUAACAUAACGCAAACCAGAUAAACCUCACGAGAGAUAAAUAUUAGUUUUAAAAUUAGUUUUAUUAUACUACUGCUGCUUUUGGCUACUGUACAUUAGUUAUUAUAUUUAAUGCUGUUACUGAUAGCAUAUCAAAGGGUUUUACAGAUAUGCGUAGACUUAAGUUAUGUGACCGAAACAUCUGCAGACGUCUUUUAGCUUGACUUUUACUCUCGAAUGUUUGUUCUAGUAGGAGAUUGAUGUUGUUUUUAUGGCCUCCUACGUUUAAGAAUGCUUCCUCAGCUGUGGCUUACGGGCAGUUUCUCUCUUUGUGGUAAAUGCUUGAAUUUACUCAAACAUUCCCUUAUUUACUACUACUACUACUACUACUACUACUCUGAAUAUAGCAUUAAAUAAUUUUCGUGUGCAUCUUACCUUUACAUUCGUAAUUUAGUCUGUUAGUCGAUUUUACUGCCAUAAAUAUGCGACAUAGAUUGAGUUUCCUUCGUAGAUGGAAUCACAUUUCAUGACAAAGUAUCUUCAUACUGACUACUUUAAAAAUAGCAUUUAAAUUUUAUUUCAGAUUUUAGGUUCACAACGUCACUCUACGACGUUUAGCAGCUACUUUGUCGAACCGAAUAGUCUUAAAGUGUCCUGCCAUGGCUGCUUAGGUUACACUCAUAUGCGCCGUACACACCAAAUGCGAACCAUCGCGUUUGUUGCUUUAGAUUACUCACGGGAUUUAACUUCAUACCAUGAAGAUUUUUCGCUCUAGUUAAAUAUUUUAAACUUGCAUGAAGUUGAUGAAUUGCUAGCGCGUGGUUUUGCAGCAAUCGCUGCCCGGUUCACGAUUUGCAUUGAGUUUGCGUCUAUUCGCAUCUUUGCAUUGACUUUGUAUGGAAUCUACUUGCGCAAAUCGUUGACUUUGCAUUUGGUGUGUACGCCACAUUUUAAAGAAAGGUUCCUAAAAUAGUUAUUUUAUGGCACCUAUAGCAUCUUUAUUUAUGAGUGCACUUGGUACAUAAAUGAGAGUUUAUCAUCUUGCACUGGUCUUUUAUAAAUAUAUAUUUAUGUCAUCGUCUUCAUUUAAAGAUUUAAAUUCUGAUAUAUUCAACUACUUACUUUAUUUACUUGUUAAGUAGACUAAAAUGCUUGAAUAAUGGCAGAAAAGCUGGACUUAUAAAACAGCUCUUGACAAUGUCUGCAUUUGUCAUAAACAUUGCCAUAGUGUGUUUGUGUUGUCAUUACAAUAGAGUAAAUUGUUUUUCAGUGCUUUGUACGAGUUGCUAUGCAAUUCCGAAUAGAUAAUACAUGUAUAUAAUCUGUCAAAGAUUUUAAAAACGUGUGAACAAUCUGUUCCCAUUUAUAAUCUUGCAUUUGUGUGUGAUAUAAAUUUAGAUCAAUGCUUUAUUUAUAAGAUUAGGCCUAUAUAAGAAGUUUGUUAGAUAAAUAGUAAUAUGUUCUC